UGGUAGUACAGCUUUUUGCCCAAAAGAUGGCAGUAUUCAGUUUCUAUUCUGGUUUACGAUUAUCCAAUCGUCAUAGAAAAAGAAGCCGAAGGAGAACUUACGUCAGUGGGGAAGAUAGACGGAACAAAAUGGAGGAGUAUGCUAGAGAACCCUGUCCCUGGAGGAUUGUGGAUGAUUGUGGUGGAGCUUUCACAAUGGGAGCCAUUGGAGGAGGGAUAUUUCAAGCAGUAAAAGGUUUCAGAAAUGCACCAUCGGGAAUGAGCCACAGAAUGAAGGGUAGUUUAACUGCUAUUAAGACCAGAGCUCCACAACUAGGAGGUAGUUUUGCAGUGUGGGGAGGCCUCUUUUCUAUGAUCGACUGUGGUUUAGUAAAAGUGAGAGGUAAAGAGGAUCCCUGGAAUUCAAUUACAAGUGGGGCCAUGACGGGAGCCAUCCUCGCAGCGAGAAAUGGACCAGUUGCCAUGGUGGGCUCCGCUGCUAUGGGAGGUAUUCUGCUGGCCUUGAUAGAGGGCGCUGGAAUCUUGCUCACAAGAUUUGCUUCAUCACAGUUUCCAACUGGGCCCCAGUUUGCAGAGGAACCUGCCCCUGCUCCCAUUCCCACCUCCCCCUUUGGAGACUACAGACAAUAUCAGUGAGAGGGCCACACUCCCCUCUUCACACACUAGAUGUUUUUAAAUUCCUUGCUGAAGUUAAAAAGAAAAGAUGAGGGUGCAGAAUGCAAUCCUGUCUUUCUGUUUAAAAUCUAGACCCAUUGUUAAGAACUGUUAGAGGAAAUGAAUGACAGAACUCAUCUUCAUUUUUCUUCUUUCACGAGACAUGCACAGAUCUGCCUUUUGCCUUUCUCAGCCUUUUCACGUGCAUCUGUGUCGCUCCGGACAGCACUGGGGUAGAAGUUGUUUGUUGGGACCAGAUGCACCUUCUGAUUUGUUGACAUGCACAUAUCCUAGGAAUUAAGCUCUGACAGUGUUUAAUCCGAGAAAAACAUGGAACAUAAUGAAGAUUAUUUGUAAAUAUAGUAAGGACUUGUUUUAUGUUUUCACCUCUGUCUUUUUUGCCUUCCAUGUCGAAUGCUUGAGUUGGCCGACGACUCUCGGCUGGCCUUCACAUUUUACUCUGAGUUAUGGAGGGAAACUAUUUACAGAAACAGAUCCAUUCCUUAAAUAUUAAUUUGUUUAAAGGUAAUUUAUUUAUUCUUGAGUAUAAAGAGGUAUCAAAUUGUUCUGUUGUAUUAGAGCGAUUUUUAGAUUCAAAACAGUCAGAGAAAUACUGCUAAGGAUAAGAAUGGCACCGGUAGUUCAUUUCAGCAGAGCAUCUCAAGCAAGGGAUUGAUGGAUAAUGUUUUAAAUCUGUAUAACAGAUUGUACUGUGGUAUAAUAAAGAUUUAAAUUGUUAAA